AUGUUCUACUGUGUUGACCUAGGUUAUUCGAAUCGGAUCCUGACCCGAUGUGGACAAAACUGCUAGGUUAGCUCUCUUGGCCUUGGAUUUACAUUGCACAGUUAAUUCCUUACUGUCACAACACUCCUUUUUGCAAUGGCCGAUGAGUCCAAUAGAACUGCGUUUUUAGAGAUUCAGAGUCGCAUGAUCGAAACUACUGCCAAAUUGAAGCAGGUGCAAAACCAGAUGCGAACCAAGGAGGGAGAAAAGAAGCGUGCUUACUUAACAUUGGAGGAGUUGCGCCAACUGCCUGACGAUACAAAUACUUACAAAUCUAUAGGGAGAACGUUUGUCUUGGAGCCAAAGUCUGUUUUAAUGAGUGAACAAGAACAGAAGCUAAAGGAUAGUGAGACUGCAAUAGCCUCACUGCAGACCUCAAAGGAAUACUUGGAAAAGCAAAUGGCCGAGGUAGAGAACAACUUGAGGGAGCUUUUGCACCAAGAUCCAGGUCUUGCUCGACAGAUAAUGUCCAUGAGUGUAAUGUAAGUUUGCUGUUUUUCACAACUUAGUACAAUGUGUUUUACAUUUGAAGGGAAGUUGUAAGUUAUGAUAAGAAAUGUGUUGAAAUUUCUGGAAUGAAUGCUUAUGUAAUUGCCUUUCUGGAUAGUUUAAAUUGUCUGUAAUUUAGGUUAACCAGACUUUUCUUUCUUA